CGAUGUAAUAUUUUACAGCUCUGUCAAUUUGCAGAUCCAGAAUGACAUACUGCAAAGUGAUUCUGUUUCUUCCUUUAUUGCUCCACCACAGUUGUUGCGCGUCGGAAACCAUCGUAACGGCGCAUAAUGACUUGGACUUCGGGCGGCACGUCGAUCCCGAGGUAGCGGAUGAAUUGAACUGGAUGAAACAUCCUUGUCGACGAAGUUGCAAAGACGAAACAGCACCGAUGGAAUGUCGUUAUGUCUUUAGGUUAGAGGCCUAUUACACAAUGAGUAAAGCAUGCUACGAUUGCCCGUUCAACAUCACAGACUGCUUUCGCGAACAUUGUAUUCCAGCAGAUGGUAUCGAAAGAUCGAUUUUAGUGGUUAAUCGGCAAAUGCCUGGACCGCCUAUCGAGGUGUGUCAAGGUGACAGGGUAAUCGUCGAUGUAAUCAAUUUGUUGCAUUCCGAGAGUACCACGAUGCAUUGGCAUGGUCAACAUCACGUUAAAACGCCGUACAUGGACGGCGUACCUUACGUAUCGCAAUGUCCGAUUUUGCCAGGGUCCAGUUUUCGGUAUGACUACACCGCCACUGAAGCCGGCACGCAUUUCUGGCAUUCUCAUUUAGGCUUCCAACGAGGCGAUGGAGUAUACGGUGCGUUGAUCAUACGCGUGCCUCCAAAGGUGAAUUGGCACUACGAUUUAUACGAUAUCGAUGAACAUACUAUCCUGAUUUCGGAUUGGACGCACGAAUUGGGAAUUGAUAAAUUUUUAAGUCAUCAUCACGCAGGCGGAGACAACAAACCGCCUAAUCUACUGAUCAAUGGUUUCGGCCGUUACGACGGUGACACGUCCGCUGUAAUGCCGAUCGCGACGUUUAUCGUUAAGCGGGAUACAAGGUACAGAUUCAGGCUCGUUAACGCCGAGUUUCUCAAUUGUCCGAUCGAAUUGUCCAUCGACGAUCAUACUAUGCGUAUAAUUAGUACGGAUGGACGUGAUAUCGAACCUGUCGAAGCGAAAUCUUUGGUGAGUUACGCUGGCGAAAGAUUCGACUUUGUCGUCGAAACGAAUCGAAAUGUGGACAACUAUUGGAUUCGAUUUCGGGGGUUGAUGGAUUGCGACGAAAGAUUCACCAAGGCGUAUCAAGUUGCUAUAUUGCGAUACGAUGGUGCGCUCGAAGAAGAUCCGAGUGGCGUAGUCACGUACGAACGUGCCUUCUCGUCGAACGAUUCCUUGGGUCAGCGAGUAAACGCGUUAAACGAAGGCACGGAGACGAACGAAAGUCUCAGUAUACCUUUGUUGAAAGCCAUGGAUGAGAACGACGAAUCGAAUACCGUGGAUCCGGAUUACCAAUUUUAUGUAUCUUAUGAUUUUUAUAAGAAGGACAAUCCUCAUUUUCAUCGCGGUUAUCUUUACGGAUUUAACCAAGUAAAAAAUACCAAACGGGUGCUUACUCCUCAAUUAAACCACAUUUCGAUGAAGUUACCAUCCGCUCCGCUGUUAUCUCAAAGAGAUUUCAUAGAUCAGAAUCAAUUUUGUAAUGCGAGUACCGUCAUGGGUUGUGACCAAGACUACUGCGCUUGCACUCAUGUCCUUCGAGUGAAGCUUGGUAGCGUGGUGGAGAUGGUCUUGGUAGACGAAGGUUUCGCCUAUGACGCGAAUCACCCGUUUCAUCUCCAUGGAUAUCAGUUUCGCGUGAUCGCGAUGGAAAAAGUCGGGAAAAACGUCACCACCGAACAAGUUCAAGCACUGGAUAAAAAUGGAGCAAUACGUAGAAACCUUGAUCGUGCUCCUCUGAAAGACACUGUUACGGUACCGGACGGAGGUUACACUGUUGUGCGAUUUUAUGCCGACAAUCCAGGUUACUGGUUGUUUCAUUGUCACAUUGAAUUUCACGCGGAAGUCGGAAUGUCGUUGGUCUUCAAAGUUGGCGAACACGAGGAUAUGUUACCGGUACCGCGUAACUUUCCAACGUGUGGUAAUUGGCAACCCGAAAACGUGCGACACACUGAAAAUACAGCAAGCGCAUCUUCGCACACUGUAUUUGAAAACACGAUCGAUCAAAUUUCGAACGUUUCGAUGGACCGACUUACCGAAACCAGUGUACAACUACUCGUUAAAUUGUUACCGCAAGUUCUAAGGACAUUGCGAAUUUCAUCUUCGUCGAAUACCUUAGUCGCUUCGUAUUCGUUUUUACUUUCUUUGUGCUCUUCCGUUGCCAUCGUUCGUCGAUUAUUCUUGAUAAAUGAUAACAUGUUAAUUGUUAACAUGACAAUUAUGUUAACACUUGUGUAA